UAAAUAGAUGCAUAACUUGGAUGAUACAAGGAACCCUUUGAAUGGUCAAAGAGAAAAUUCCCCUUUGCUAGACAAUCUAGAAUCCAAUGUAGAUUGGAAUGGUAAAAAGGUAAGGAAGGCCAACAAGAAGAAAAGAAGAAGACGUAAAAAGAAGAAGAAGCCUAAAUUGAGUCAGAAUGCUAUCAAGUUAAGUUUGGAUGAGAAAGAUAUCAUGGAGCCAGAGCAGCCAGAUGUAAACAUGGGCAUGAAGCUAGGAAACCACAAUGACAUCGUAGAUAUUAACAUGGACGAUUUUAUUAUUAAAUAAAGUGACGGAAAACAAAUUAUUUGCAGAGUCACCUUCUAAAAGAAAUGGCUCUAAAGAAUUAUCAGCCAACCAGAAAGAUGAGGAAGAAAAAGAACAGCUAGAAGACAUUGAUAACCUCCUUAAUAUGAACUUUGACCAAAAGCCCCACCAAGAGGAAACCCAGGAUGACGAAACUUCCGAGUAUGAGUCAGAGUCGGAAGAAGAUGAGAGUAUUGACUUCACUCACAAAAGGAAUUUCUCUUCAAAAUUGGCUCCACUAAAACUUCAGUCAGGAGACGUUCCCUUUUUGAAUAAUGAGAGCAUUAAUAAGCCUAUUGUUCUUCCUAAGAAGUAUAUGGAGGACAUGAAGAAUUCGUUUGAUAGAGAGCUUGAUGAGUUGGAUAAUAUCAAUCCUAUCCCAGCAGUUCAACUCAGAGACGGACUCAAGAAGACUGAAAGUCCAGACUUUGACUUUGAAUUUUAGCCCAUUUUAACAUUAUUCUAUAA